AUGACAUAAGCAGAUGUUAGUGGACUAGACAUGAACAUGGUCUCUCAGCGGACCGGCAGGGACACAGUGGAGAAGGAGGCGCCUCACAUACGUCUGGAGGAUGACGCUGACCUUAAGGAAAUAUAUACAUUUGGAAGGAAAUUGGGUCAAGGUAGCUUUGGGGUUGUUUAUCAAGCCACUCACAUUGAGACAAAUACACAAUGGGCUAUCAAGGAGGUUUGCAGACCAGAGGCAGGAAGUUCAAAAGUCAAGCUGCUGGAGCAGGAAUUAAAGAUUCUCAGACAAGUGAAUCAUGCUAACAUAAUACAUCUCGAGGAGUCCUACGAGACAGCUAAGAUGACUUAUUUGGUUACUGAGCUGUGUGAUGGAGGUGAACUGAAGGAGCUGCUGCUGAAGAAAAUGUUCUUUACAGAAGAUGAGACAAGACAUAUCAUCCACAGCUUAGCUGACGCCAUCGUCUACCUUCACAAAAGAGACAUUGUGCAUCGGGAUUUGAAACUUGAAAAUAUUCUUGUGAAAAAUAAUCUCGACAAGGAUGGUAAUGACAAGAUUAAUAUCAAGGUGACAGACUUUGGAUUAUCAGUAAUGACAGGUGGUGUUGGGAUGGAAAACAUGAUGACAGAUGCUUGUGGGACUCUUAUCUAUAUGGCUCCUGAAAUGAUGAGCGGUCGUUGUUACAGCCAAUGGUGUGACGAGUGGAGUAUUGGAAUCAUUAUGUAUAUAUUGCUAUCUGGGGAGCCUCCAUUUAUGUCCAAAACAAAGUCAACCCUACUUGAGAAGAUUAUGAAGAAAGAACUUAAAUUUACUCAACCCAUCUGGUCCGCAGUCAGUGAUGCAGCAAAAAAUGUAUUGACUUGCCUUCUGAAGGUUGACCCUGCCUACCGCAUGUCAGCUAAUCAGCUACUAGAAAACCCCUGGAUUACAGGUGACACUAAUAUGCCUGCUAUACCAUCCAAUGCUCUGGAGAUGAUGCGGCACCACAAGGAACAGGAAGAGAUUACAAGAGCUCUGGAGGAGUUUACCUCUUCUGAAGACACCCUUGACCUGUCCCUGCUCCACAGCACAGCUUCAACAGAAACAGACAGCAGCUGCAGGAGCCAGGCUAAGCUCAGUCUUGAGAGAGACUGCAGCCUCUGCACACCGUCCUCAUCCACCAAACCGAACAAAGAGAGUGGGGGCCAUCUCCAGCAGGACAAGCGCAAAAAUGUCUCUGAAGUCCAGGGACCACCUCAGCCCAGCACUGCACAGAUUCUUCCUAGUAUGAAACCCACAAGACAGUCGAGUGCAAAGCAGCGCAGGCCUCAGGACAAGAGGGACGUUGGUACAGUACAGAGAGCAGCCCCUGACUUGAGUAAAGCAGAUGACCAGAGACCAUCUACCUCCAUUAAAAGUAAGACUGGUUUCCGCAAACCACCUGCCAGCUCUAAGACCACUGUCCCUUCAGAACAAGACAAAAACCAAGUCAGAUCACGUGAGAAAGUGUGA